AUGGUUGCCGAGCAGAGCGCGGACCUGUCCAAGGAGGCGAUUGGCAACCUGACGGAGCCGCCGUGCAAGAAGUACGAGCGCCUGCCACCUCGCGCACCACCGAGACGAGACCGUGCAGCGGACGAGACCUGGCGUGUGUGUGUCCUGUCGCCACGGGCAGCAAGGGCAUGGAGCAGGUGGCGAAUCAGGAGGCGAAUCAGGAAGACAGCAUGGGUGGCCAGUCCGUGGCGGAGCAUGCCCAAAGCGCACAAGGCUUCGCUGGCGGCCCAGCUGGAUGGACUUCGGCCGACGUCGAAGCACCACAAGCAGGAGCCCCACUUGGCUACAGCAUCGGGAACGGCCCCGAAAUGCCGCAAGGUGCUCACGGAGAUGGACAGGCAGUACUACAGGAUGUAG